AUGGCACCCAGUUUCAAGGACGAGGCACAUUUGAUCAUUUUGCCCGGAUCAUUGCACACUUUGGUGCGAUUUGGUCUUGAAGAUGCAAUUACUCCACCAACAUAUUCAAUUCCCACAAAAGUAUACAGAAAUCCGAACCAGGAUGGAUGCUUUCAGGCUACUGCACCUGUUGGUUCUGAGCGUGACCCAGAAAGUUAUGCUGUUUAUCCUAUAGUGAGGGGAGAAAUCGUUAAUGUGGACGCGUUGAACUUUUUGUUCAAAUGCGUAUUGAGAUCAGUGUUGAAGGAUAAUCCGCUUGUUUUGUUGGACUCAAUUACAUUUACACUAAUCCAGUCAUCGUCUAGAUGGUCCCCAGUGGCCUUGGAAAUGAUUACAAAUUAUGCUUUUGAGACUUUGCAAUUGGCAGCGUUUGCAGUAGUUCCCGCAGCUUUAUGUUCGUUAUUUGCACACGGAUCCUUUUCUAACGCCUGCGUGAUUGAUGUCGGAUAUGAAAAAUGCGAGAUUUCACCUAUCGUGGACUUUCAAGUGUUUGCUCCCGCGGUUACAUACCUUGAGGAAGGAGGAAAGAGCAUUAAUAAAAGAUUGCACGAGCUUUUACCAGAACUUAGCGAUGACCAGAUAGAGAGUCUUAAAAGAUCGCCGAUAUUUGAAUGCCUUAGUGAAGAGCAGGCAAAGGGAUCAUACUUUGGAGUUGCCGGACUCUUGGAUAACGUUAAGGCCAAAAAUCCGGAAGAUGAGGGUGUUUUAGAUAUCGCGUCAAUUGUGACAAGUGAAAAAUCCACACGAGAAAUAUUGGAGGAGAAGGAAAGAGAGAAGCGGGGGAAAUCCCACAAGAAGAAGGGCAAAACGGAGGACGAGAAGUCGAAUUCUGAGCGGGAGAAUAACCAGUUUGUUGACAAUGAAGGAAAUGUGAUCACUGUUGGAAAGGAGAGAUUUCAGGGAAGCGGCAGACUUAUUGAAAACUUGUCGCAUGCAAUAUUCAGGGCACUCAGCAAGGUUCCUGAUAUGAAGAAGCGGGAAGAGUGCUAUGAGAAUUUGGUGAUAUGCGGUAAAACAAGCAGCAUUAAGGGAUUCAAGGAGGAACUACUUGUUCAGCUAUAUAGCAAAUUUGUGGCUGGUGCCGACAUAGAAGAGUACGAGAAAAGAAGAAAGGAGAGAAUUCGCCAAGGCGCGUCGUUCAGAAACGAGGCAGCAGGACUAAUGGAUGAACUCCAGCUUGCACAAGCUCCAAAAAGAGUGAGAGUUAUCCCAAAGCCAGAUUAUUUCUCGGCUUGGAAGAAAGCUGGGUUCGAAGACUGUGCUUUUCUUGGGGGUGAGAUAUUGUGCCGGCAGAUAUUUGGGGGCUCCGGAGACAAUGAGUUGUAUCUUUCAAAGGAAGAGUAUUACGAUAAAGGGCCGAUGUGGAUACGGCAUGUGAAAUUGUGA